UAAGACCUACCUAGAUGAUUUUCCGUAAUUUUCAAUCGCUCGUACUAGAGCCACGCAUUUUAUAUCUGUAAUUGUAAUGUUACACAUAAAAUGAUGUAUUUUCAAUUGCAUUUUUCAAUCAAACUUGACCAUGGGCGAACUGCUACUAGAAUUCAACGAAACAAUACAACAAUGGAAUACAAAACAACAAAAAAUGGAAGUCCAAGAUUGGUUCCUUAUAAGGUCUCCAUACCCUGUGCCAGUUAUACUGAUCUCGUAUUGGUUAUUUGUGCUGAAACUAGGACCCUUGUACAUGAAGAGUAAACAACCAUUUCACGUCACGAAAUGUCUGACGGCAUACAAUAUUUUUCAAGUUUUAUUUUCUCUGUAUACAACUACCUUGGCAGUUGAUUUUCUACUGACAUACAGCCUCUUCCCAUCGAUAUGUCCAGGAGAUCCGAUAGAAUUAAGAGUAGUGUUAACAAAAGGUAGUUACACGUACCUUAUUGCCAAAAUAUCUGAAUUGGUGGAUACAGUUUUCUUCGUUCUGAAGAAGAACUAUCAUCAGAUCACGUUCCUGCAUGUCUACCAUCACUCCAUAAACAUCUUUGUGACGUGGAUUGCUAUCAAGAUUGAUUCAGUCAACCCAAGUGGAGCAUUCUUGGCAGCGGCUAAUGGAAUAGUGCAUAUUAUAAUGUACACGUAUUAUGGGUUAUCGACGUUCCCCAGCAUGACAAAACAUCUGUGGUGGAAGAAAUACAUCACUACACUUCAGCUGAUACAAUUUGGUGUUAUUAUGUUACACCAUUUCGUGUCCUACAAAAUCGCAAGAUGUGAGGAAUUAAAUAUAGUAUUCUUGGCGGUAAUAUUCCAUUUAUUCCUCUUCAUCUACUUAUUCUUGGACUUUUAUAUAAAAACCUAUAAAAAGAAUAAAAAUCUAAAAAGUGAUACAACUAGUAAAACUAAAAUUGUUAAUAAAGAUAAUAAAAAACAUAAAUAAAUUUCUGUCUUUUUUAUAAUAGUUUCAUAGGUUCAUUUAUGUGAUUUUAAAUAUUGAAUUUUUGGAAGAGAAACCAAUUAAGUACUUUUUUUUUAAAUAAAAUAUAUAUGAGGUAAGGUGUUACAAUUUCCUCGAUUAAAGGAUUAUAUGUAGUAUUAACAUUCAUUAUUAAUGUUAUUGUAGAGGGGAAGUAUCAGUGUUGGUAUAAAUAAGAGGGUAUUUGAUGAUUUGAGUUCAGUUGUUUGUUAGGCAGCGUAGACACCGUCGCUUAUAGUGAUUUUGUGCAAUAAUGUUUUGUGUUGUAAUUAUUGUUUAUUGCUCGAGGUGUUUCCUCUACCACAGAAGAAUUACCAUACUUUUGUGGCAGAUGAAAUAACUGUCGCUGCUACCCGACGUGUCACAAAGGUUAAUUUCAUUAUAAACAAAAGAUUUUUCAUUACCAUUUACCUAUAUAACAUUUUUUCAUCACUUUUAUAAGACCUUUCUGAGCAAGUAAGUCGAAAAUUAAUUAUAUAUUUUUACGGUAUGGCAAACUUUUACUAA